AUCACGUUUAACCAAAUGUCUAGUCACUAAUACCAAUUAUACCUAAUAAACGACCAAAUUAUUAAUUCGUGAGUACAAUAGAUUUAAUAAUUGUCAAAAAUAUGGACCUAUGCCGCAAUGGCCAGUCCCCAUACCAGGGGAUGGAUGAAGUUGGAUGGGAUGCGAGCCAAAAAAUGAUUGCGCUCGAGCAACAAAACCGCUCCGUACCAUUAGAAAUUGAUUCGCCAAAUAAUGAUAGAAAAGAAGUUCCUGACUUUGUGCUCACUUAUGUGGAUAAGGACACAUCUCAUGCUCAGCGAAGAGAAAUCUUUGAGCAGCAUUUGCGAGAUCAAGGUCUACGCCUAGAAUAUGAGCACGAGCACAAUUUAAGUUUUAUCAAGAUUUUUACUACUCAGGAGGUGCUCUGCCGAUAUGCUGACAUUAUGAAACUCCGUAUGCCGAUAAAACUAUCACCUGAAGAAAGAGCUUGCAGUCAAGAACCUUCCGACAUAUUCGACGAUGCACGUACUUGGUUUGCACAAGUUUUUCAUUUCGCAACAUUGGAUCCUGCUAAAUUCCCUACCCGGAAGUAUCAGUUGUCUACUGAAUUUUCUAAAGAUAAAAUUUACCUAUUUGACGUCGAUGCUGAAAACUUUUUUCCUUGGAGCGUACGAUGUAUGGUAGUUGAUUUUAUUCUUGCCAGACAAGCUGAGGGUAUUGAAUCUCUAUUGAUCGAUGGAGUUUACUCAGCAGCUUAUCCAUUGCAUGAUGGUACCUAUAAGCAAUCUGGAUCCAAAAGAUCACUGCUCUACCAGGAAUGGGGCUCCACCCGUAAAUGGGUAAAACUGCAGCCCCUGGACACCAUCGCGGAUUAUUUUGGAGUAAAUUUCGCGAUAUACUUUGCGUGGCUCGGCUUUUAUACGUACAUGCUUAUUCCUGCUAGUAUAGCAGGAUUAUUAUGUUUCUUUUAUGGAUUGAUUACUUUAAAUUCGAAUCAGUUGGCAAACGAAGCUUGUGAUAAAACCGCCAGUGAGAUUGUGAUGUGUCCUCAGUGUGACAAAACAUGUGACUAUUGGAGACUGAACGAGACGUGUUUGCUAACGAAAGUAACUUACUUGUUUGAUAAUCCGGCUACUCCAGUAUUUGCGGUUUUUAUGUCAUUUUGGACUACCUUGUACCUUGAAUUGUGGAAGCGAAGAUCCGCAGAACUAAGCCAUCGCUGGGGAUUAAUAGAAUGGGAUCGAUCGUCGGAACACCCUCGACCAGGAUAUCUGUCUCUCCUUGCCAAAGCAACAUUCUUCAGAAUAAAACAAAAAGUGAAUGCAGUUACGCGUCAAAUAGAGCCUCAUGUGAGUUACUGGAAGGUACGAGUCCCAGCAACCUUCUUCAGCUUUUCUGUUGUUCUUCUGCUGACUUGUACUGCCGUUGCCGCUGUUUUUGCAGUAGUUUUGUACCGCAUGUCAAUGAUUACGAGCAACUCACUCUUCGGCCAUGAAGUAGAUUCCGCGAGCUACAAGACCCUUGCUCUGCCAGCCGUCGCAGCUGUUCUCAAUUUGGUGUGCAUUCUAGCACUGAAUUACAUAUACGAUUGGCUAGCAGUGUACCUAACGGAAAUGGAAUUCUUACGAACUCAAGCAGAAUUUGACGAUAGCUUAACACUGAAAGUAUACCUGUUUCAAUUUGUCAACUACUACGCUUCCAUAUUUUACAUAGCUUUUAUGAAAGGCAAGUUUGUUGGAUAUCCCAAGAAGUAUAAUCGAAUAUUAGGAUACAGACAGGAAGAAUGCAGCCCGGGAGGAUGUCUUAUGGAGCUCAGUAUACAGCUGGCAAUUAUAAUGGUUGGAAAACAAGCGCUGUCUACUGCAAUAGAGAUGAUUUUGCCAGUAAUAAUGAAAUCGUGGGCCUUAUUCCGAAUCCACACAGGUCUGAAACAAAAGGAUCCCAUUCCUACUAAGAACCAAUGGAUUCGAGACUUCAAACUCCUUAAUUGGGGUUCAAGAGGCCUGUACGACGAAUAUUUGGAAAUGGUAAUCCAGUUUGGGUUCAUAACCAUCUUCGUCACAGCGUUUCCGCUGGCGCCGUUUUUUGCUUUGGCUAAUAACGUUCUCGAAAUGCGUUUAGACGCAACAAAAUUUCUCCGACAUUACAGACGGCCAGUACCUCGACGUGUACGGGAUAUUGGAAUUUGGGCUCGUAUUCUGGACGCCCUUGCACGCAUUUCAGUUACUACUAACGCAUUUAUAAUCGCAUUUUCGUCAAAUUACAUACCGCGAUUCGUGUACAUGAUGGUUGUUAGUGAGGACAAGACUGACCACGGAUUCUUGAACCAUACUCUUGCGUACUUCAGAACAGCGGAUUUUAUUAAUGAAACUGCUCCAUUGGAAAGCAAGUUCGAAAAUAUCACUGUAUGUAGAUAUGCGGAGUACAGAAAUCCUUACGGGCUCGGUGUUCUGUCCUACAAACGGCCUCCAAUCUACUGGCAUAUUCUGGCUGCAAGAUUAGCAUUUGUCGUCGUCUUUCAGAACGUUGUCGGUUUGCUGACGAUGACCGUGCAAUGGUGCCUGUCUGGCACACCCCGAAAAUUACGUGCGCGUAUAAAACGUGAAGCGUUUCUGGCGGAGGAGCUAAUCAUUAAAAGAGAAGCUGCACGUGCGAGGGAUUAUCUCGAGGGACAGCAACUCAAUCAAUCGGAUUCUAUGCAUGGCGACAACAACAGCAAUGCAAUUCAAAGAAGGCCGUAUAUAACAGAAAACUGACUGUAACCAUUCGCACACUCAAAUUUCCCGAUCCCGUACCUUGACUUGAUCUCUUUUCGGAAUGAACAACAGAAUCGGCUCUUUAUUUGGCAAGUAAUAGACAUCUUUCCAUUAAAUGACCUUAUUUUCAACAAACUUACCAUGUAGCUUCACAUUUCACAGGUCACAGUAUUGAACCCGCGAAGCUAUAUAUUCGAACUAUUUACAAAUGAAAUAUUCAUACUAGUACAUUUUUUCUCAGCAAUGAUUGGCGCGUCAUUACAGUUUGGUGCCGAAGUGCUCAAAAUACAUUUCACAAAUUUUUUAAUCGAACUAAUUAGGCUUAAAUUAGUAAAUUUGUACCUAUAUUAUACUUAUACCGUGUGUACGAUCUGAAUUUUUAUAAUACUCUUUAAGUACGGAA